CGGCCAACAUGUGAUCAGCUGAUUUUCUCUUUAAACGGAGUCAGAUGUUUCACCAGUUUCAUCAUCAGUCUCUGCAGCCUGAACACACGUGUCAUGGAGCGAAAACUGGAUCUGUCUCGUCUGACGGACGAAGAGGCCAAACACGUCUGGGAGGUGAUUCAGCGAGACUUUAACCUGCGAAAGCAAGAAGAGGAGAGACUCGGUGAGUUGAAGACUAAAAUCGAGAAGGAGGACACGAAGCGAGAGCUGCUGGGUUCUGAGACAUGUCUGUCUGACUCACACUGCAUCCGCUGCCUGCAGCCCUUUAAGUUCCUGGUCAACAGCAAACGUCAAUGUCUGGACUGCCACAUGUACACCUGCAAGUCCUGCAGCCGCUACAACAAGAAGGAGCACGGCUGGGUGUGUGACAACUGCCGCAUGACCAGGGUGGUGAAAAUCGGUACUGCCGGUUGGUACCAUGACAACGUGAGAAAUCGCUUCAAACGCUUCGGAAGCGCGAAGGUGAUGAGGUCACUGUACAAGAGGCUUAAUGGAGACGGUGGUCGUGAUGACGACACUCAGAGUAUGCCGGAUGUCCGUAACGGGUAUAACGGUACCGAGGACGACAACGGAGAGACGGAGGUUCAGCGCUACAAAGUGAUGAGGAAGAACAAACGUCUGCUGUCGGUUCACCCUCUGGACUUUGACCCUGAGGAGUAUUUCCCGUAUACACGACGACCAUCUGUACAGCAGAUGCAGGAGGAACGAGGCUACAGGAACGAUGUGGACUACGACAUGUACAAUCACCGGGUGAACCGCAGGAAGAGUCUGGACCGACACGCCACCAGACAAGAUGACUACGGAGAGAACAGGAUGGUCAGGACUCGCUCUCUGUCUAAGAUCAGCUCCUCGGUGGCUCGGCAGCAGUAUGUCGACACCUCUGACGAGGAAGAGUACCCGAGGUACCCCCCCAUGUACCAACAACCUCCCCACCGACGCAAAAACAGCAGAGCCUCCUCCCAGGAGAACCUGGGACAAGCCCCGCCUAUGAACGAGUUGAACAAACGCAUGUCAGCCAUUGAGAGUCUGCUGAACCGCCUGGAGGAGAAGAUGACUCCUGCUGAUGAAACAUCGACUCCGUCUGGUCCGAACGAGGAGGAGAAGCUGAGGAGAAAGUUGAGCGAGCUGGCGGGAAACCUGAGUGACAAGGCCGUGUCAUCAGACGACGAGGCCGGGAAGAAGUCCUUCUCUGCGGGUAAAAUCGCGGCCGGCGUCAGGGGUGGCCCGGUGGUCACUCUGGACUCCCUGAAGGACAAAGAACUGAGCUCCUCCAGCGACGAGAUGCCCACCGAGGCUCAGAAGGUGUACAUGGCGGCCGGUCAGUCGUACGAGCUGGAGUCGAAGCUGCGGCGACUCGAGCAGAGCGCCAAGACUCGCUAUGGCGGGGCGACGGACUCUGAGCUGUCGGAGCUGGAGGACGUGGUGGCGCUGACGGCCGCCAGAGUCCAGAGCGCCGAGAGCGAGGUGUCAGAUAUCGAGAGUAAGAUCGCUGCUCUGAACGCUGCAGGAUCAAAGAAGAAGAUUUCUGGAUCUCAUCAGAGGAAGAAAGCAUCACAGGACUACUCCAGGACCAGUAACGGUGCUCAGUGGAAAUCAAACAUGUACUAAAGCUGCAAGUUUCAUCGUCUUCUCUUCGUGUGAGAGGGACUAAAUAUUUUUCAGUUCUCUAUAAAGUCAAACUUUAAGUAAACAAUACGUAAGAAAAUAGAAAUAUUUAAAAUUCUGAAAAAAAAAAAAUCAAACAUUUGAAAAUCAAAUCAAACUGAAAUUCAAUCUAAACUAAACAAAGAAUUGGAUAUUAUAUUAAUUAUUUACAUUUUUAAAACAAAUAUUGUUUCAUUCAUGAAAGAGUUACUAAAACUAAAGAUUUAAAAUUUUAUUAAAUUUACUUAAACAUUUUACACUGAAAAGAUAUGAUAGUCAAUGCUAACAGUCUGCUAGUAUUAACAAAGAUGAAGAAAAAUAAACAAAUACAUCAUACAUAAAAAGGAAUAUGUACAAUGCAGAAUUAAAAGCUAAGAUGAAAAAAAUACAAUAUAUAAAAUAAUAAUUUAAAACUAUGAAAAAGAAAUUAAAGAAAUAUAAUUGAACAAAAACCAUUUAGAGGAAAAAAAGAAAAGUUUAAACAUUAAAGUCACCAAUUAAAGCCUUAUUUAAACUAGAAAAAUAAAAAAUACAUUAAAUACUUAAAAAAAUACAAUAUAUUAUUUUAAAUAAACAAAUAACUGAUGUUAACACUGACAGCUGAAAUGGAAACUGAAAUAAAAAUAAUUUAAAUUGCAAAAAAAAAAAAUCACAACUAAUUUAGGAAAUAUUGUAACAUACUUAAUCACCGUUUUAUCAUUUGUCAACUGACAUUUAAUUAAAAUAAAAUAAUAUUUCUGUAAAAUUCACAAACUGAAUUGAAUUUAAAAUAUUGAACUAAAUAAUCAAAGUUUAAUGAAGAUAAAUUAAUUAGGCAAUACAUAACACAUAUUUAACUCUUUUGAUUUAUAAAUAUUAAUUUUGGCAAAUCGAGCUUCCGUGGAUUUAAAUGAUUCGCAGUUUACAAUAAAUUAUGGAUCUGUUUCAUGUUUUCACAUCUGGUAAAAUCCAUAAAUGUCUACAAUUCAAAAGUGUACUCAAGGAUAGAAAUGAGCAUCAUUAUAAAAACACAAUUCUAUGAAUGUAUUGAUUGAUCGACUGCUGAUUGUGAACUGGAUAUUAUUGAUCAUUAUUAGUAAUAUUUGAUGUUUGGAAAUAUUUUGAAAAUAAACAUGUUUAGUUUGAUUUAUUGAGUAUAAAUGAAAAGAAAAAAU